GCACUCUGAUGACGUCAGUCAUAUGACCAUGUGGAUGUGAAUGUGUUUUAAGGACCCUGUCAAAGGCCGAAACGAGCAUCUUUUAUCCAUCGGAUGCUUUUUGACGUUUAGUUGACGCUUAGCGGGAUUCAGCGUUGCGACCAGUAAAUUGUAAACAUCAUGUCGUGGGUAAAAUCAGUGGCAUCUAGCGAGGACGUGUUCGACGAGGAUGUGGAUGAUAUUAGUCUACUGAACAAAGAAUGGAAGUGUAACAUGGAAAAACGCGCAAAGGAUGGUUUCAGAGAUGGCACUGAUGCCGGGAAAGAAGCGUCACUGCAGGUUGGUUUCAACAUGGGAUACAGCGAAGGUGCCACAAAAAUGAGAGCCAUCGGUCAGCUUAAAGGAAUCAUGAGUGCUGUGCGGUGCUGGUGUCAUUCCCAGCUCCCAGGAAGCCCGGCUUGGGCAUCCGUCACCGAUCUGCUCCAGAAAGUGGAGAAACAUGAGGAAGGAUUGGUGGAGGCAAUGAGGAAAGCCCAGGAAAAGCCUCCACCUAAUGUGACUGAAAUGGUGGAUGACAUGGAAGACCUAAACGUUGAGCAGAGGAACCAUAGUGGAGAUUCAGGAUCCUGUACCAAAGAUGGAGACUGUUGUGGGAAUGAUGGAGAGAUUGCUUGCUGUGGCAUGGAGGAAGACUCAAGGAUUGUUUCACAGAAGUCUUCCUCUCUAGCAGACAGUUUUGAGCAGCUACUGAAGUGCUGCUUGGACUUAGUCACAGAAUUGGGGCUGCCCGAAGAGCUAAAAUGUCACAUUCAGCAGAUAAUAGACAGAUGAAGAUCUGAGGCAAUUGGUGGUGGUGAUGAUUUACAUCCUGUCUGGGCAGGAAACGGGCUACAAGCAAAUCAGCCUGUGAUAAAAUAAUAAACUGAUGGAUGACCCAAAUUGAGGUGAUUUUUUUAUUUUAGUGCUGUGAUUUUGUCGAGUUAUAAAGUUUUAGUGGAAUCGUGACCAUUUGCAUGCUAUUUCCUCUCCAUAUAAUAUCAGUAACCUAUCGAAUUAACUGAGAGCGCUAAGAGCCUAUUUAAAGGGAGAAUUUGCCAAAAAUGGAAAUUCUUUCAUUUAUUCACUCGUUCACAUGUCAUUCCAAACCUAUAUGACUUACUUUCUUUUGCUGAACACACACAAAAAAAUGAUAUUUUCUUCAGUGGCCCUCAUUGACUUGCAUUGUGAGCACAAAACUACUGAGACAUUUCUCAAAAUAUCCACAGAGGGAAAAAGUCAUAAACAGGUUUUGAAUGACGUGAUGGCGAAAUGAUGACAGAAUUUCUAUGUUUGUUUUCACCAUUCCUUUAAAAGGGUUAGCAGAAUAUUUAAGAACCAGUGCACAAACAACUCAUGAACUUCAGUUUCUUAAAAUAAAGAUUCAUUACAGUCUACCUCCAUUUGUUUUAACUAUCAGUUUAUAUUGUCAAGCACAUAAAUGAUCAAACAACAAUUAUCGAUACCUUUGUGGUGAAAUAUAUAAACAUUGUAUGGAUAACACUGUAUGUAUAUUGAGUUUCAAUUAAAGCAUGUUUUACUAAAAAUUAAAGCUGU